UGCCGUAUCAGCAAGCAAACGAUGGGAUCUACAGUCCAAAGCCUCAACGUCCUCUUCUUCCCACUCAUGGCUCCUGGCCACAUCCUCCCCAUGGUCGACUUGGCCAAGCUCUUCGCAGCCCGCGGUGCAGUCGUCACCUUUCUCACGACCCCCGGGAAUUCUGCCCUCAUCCAACCCACCAUCGACCGCUUCAACUCCUCCGCCACCUCCUCCAUCCGCCUCCACUUCAUCCCCUUCCCCUUCGCCGCCGUUGGCCUCCCUGAGGGAUGUGAGAACAUAUCAUCUCUUUCCUCUUUCACAGAAAUUCAAAAACUUAUGAAGGCUGUUGCCUUGCUACGCCACCCAUUCGACCUUGUCCUCAAAGAACUUCGCCCUGACUGCGUUGUCACCGACGUCUUCUUGCCAUGGACCUAUGAAGUGGCUACCGAGAAUGGCAUACCAAGGAUCAUUUUUGAAGGCUCCAACUUCUUUGCAUCAUGUGCUAUUGAUAGCAUAGAGAGACACAAGCCUCUUGAGGGCUUACCAUCGGAGUCGGAGACCUUCGUCCUCCCUGGCCUGCCACAUCGCAUUGAGAUGCUUCGAUCCCAAGUCAGCGAUCCCAGUAAAAUAAACUCUUCCAUGACCGACAUGCUUGAGAUGAUCAAGCUGGUGAAAGAGGUCGGUCCCAAGAGCUAUGGGUUGGUGGUGAACAGCUUUUAUGAGAUGGAGCCGGACUACGUCGAACACUACAAGAAAGCCAUGGGGAGGAAGGCGUGGCAUGUCGGGCCUGUCGCGCUCUGCAACCAAGAGGAGGUCGAUAAAUCAGAAAGGGGCGGAGAAAACAGAAAAGAUAGAGUCUUGAAGUGGCUAAAUGGUAGGAAGCCAGGGUCAGUCGUGUACGUGUGCUUUGGCAGCUUAUGUGAUUUCACAGCCGAACAACUGAGGGAGAUUGCUUAUGGACUGGAGUUUUCCGGCCAUCCAUUUGUUUUGGUGGUUCGGAACAUGAGCGAUGAGUGGAUUCCUGAUGGAUAUGAGGAGAGGAUAGAAGGGAAGGGUCUUAUCGUCCAUGGAUGGGCGCCGCAGCUGCUGAUACUUAACCAUGAGGCAGUGGGCGGCUUCAUCACACAUUGUGGAUGGAAUUCAAGCUUAGAAGGGAUAACCGCAGGGUUGCCAUUGGGGACAUGGCCGCUCUUUGCUGAGCAAUUUUUCAAUGAGCGUCUCAUAGUGGAUGUGCUCAAAAUUGGAGUGGAGGUGGGUUCAAUGGUGUUCGGGUUUAGGCCGGAGGAGCGACCGGUUGUGAAUGCAUCAGCUUUGGAGGCAACAGUGAGAAGUGUAAUGGGGGAGGGGGAGGAUGCAGUGGAGAGGAGGAGGAGAGCGAGGGAGCUUAAAGAGUUGGCGAGGAAGGCAAUGGAGGAGGGAGGGUCUUCUUAUAUUGAUCUUAGAAUUUUGAUGCAGGAGUUGAUGGAGAGAAAGGCACAAUCUUUUUAAAGUUUGAUCCCUUAA